ACUUUAGGUGAUGCUUACUGUUUGUAGGUUUCUAAACAAAGCUUGCAUCAUCAGAGACAGAGAACGGGAUAUAGCCUCUGAUGGGUCGGCUUCAAAAAAAUGGAGUCUUUGCACAAUAGAGCAAGUGGAAGAACUGAAGGCAAUCAUUAAGGUUAUUCCCAUUUGGUCGAUCGGUAUCAUGGUGGCAGUUAGCACAAGCCCAUCACUUUGGUUGCUCCAAGCUAAAACCAUGAACAGACAGGUCACUUCAAACUUCCAAAUUCCAGCAGGCUCUUUCGGUGUGUUCAUGAUGCUUGCAGUGUGCAUGACUGCGGGUGUCUAUGAUCGUGUCAUCCUUCCUCUAGCUUCAAAAGUGAGAGGAAAACCAGUAAGCAUCAGUGCCAAAAGAAGAAUAGGAAUUGGACUGUUUUUCUCCUUUUUGGACUUUGUGACUUCGGCAAUUGUUGAGAGUAUAAGGAGGAGGAAAGCAAUAGGAGAGGGGUUUGUUGAUAAUCCUGAGGCAGUCUUGGAGAUGUCUGCAAUGUGGCUUAUCCCACAUAAUAUUCUGUGUGGUAUAGCAGAAGCCUUUAAUGCAAUAGGGCAAUCAGAGUUCUAUUACUCUGAGUUUCCAAGUAGCAUGUCAAGCAUUGCUGCAUCUCUAUUCAGCCUAGGAUCUGCUGUGGGAAACUUGGUGGCUUCUCUUAUACUCAGCAUUGUGGAUGACAUUACUUCCAAAGGUGGAAAACAGAGUUGGGUUUCAGAUAACAUUAACAAGGGUCACUAUGACAAGUAUUAUUGGCUUCUUUCCAUACUGAGUGCUGUUAAUACUCUUUACUAUUUGGUUUGCAGUUGGGCUUAUGGCCUUAGUGCUGAAGCAGUCUCAAAGAAGGAAGAAAGAGGGAACAUGGUUCAUGAUCAACAACAAGAGGCAAUGUAAUGAAACCCAAUAAUUGUUCACUUAAAUGUUUUUAUACAUAAUUUGGAUAU